ACAAAAAUCUUCCUGCGCUUGUCACUUCAAGGUGAGCAACUGACCACCCGAUCCACCAGAACCCAAGAUGCUUCCGGACGUUGCUACGAAGCUCGCCGCUGCUGCGCUCUGCACUGCGCUCGUCUACUACGUCGGCGCCAAGAAGGCGGCGCCCAAGCCCAAGCCUACGGCAGUGCCCCGCCAAGCGACCUCGGCGACGGGCAGCGGCUUUGGACCCAAGGAUUCCGUCACGGUCCGAGUGCCGGCGACGACCGCCAACUUGGGCCCGGGCUUUGACUCGAUCGGCAUGGCGCUCGACAUCUGGAACGAGCUCACAGUCGAGCGGGCGGCUACCUUUUCGUUUACGAACGAAGGCGAGGGCGCGGGCGUGCUCCCGACCGACGAGACCAACCUCAUCGUCGUCGGCCUCAAGGCUGCGUUCGAGGCCGCGGGCCAACCGAUGCCAACGCUGCGCAUCCACUGCCGCAACCGUAUUCCCUUUGCGCGUGGCCUCGGAAGCAGCUCGGCAGGGAUCGUUGCUGGUAUCAUUGCCGGUCUUGUCAUCGCCGGCCACGAGCUCUCGGUGCACGGCAAGGAAGAGCUCUUGCAGAUCGCGGCGGGCAUUGAAGGCCAUCCCGACAACGUUGCGCCUUGCAUCUAUGGCGGCCUUCAGCUCGGUAUCUUUACCGACGACCGGUGGUACUCGUCGCGCGUCCAGAUCCCGGAUGGGAUGCAAUGCGUGCUCUUCAUUCCCGAGACGACGGGUAAGACGAGCGCAGCCCGCGCGAUCCUCCCCGAGAAGAUUGACCGCAGCGACGCCGUGUACAACAUUGGUCGUGCGGCGAUCCUCGUGAACGCCUUCCAGUCUGGAAACCUUCCGGAGCUGCGCCACGCGGUCCAGGAUCGCUUGCACCAGCCCCAGCGUGGCGCCGCGCAGUACCGCCACCUCUUUCCGCUGAUUGACGCGGCGCUCGAAGCCGGCGCGCACGGCUGCUUCCUCAGCGGCGCGGGCCCGAGCGUCCUCGCGAUCACGUCCGGUCUCUCGGGCGACAUCUUUACGCAGGUCGCGCGCGAGCGUGCCGAGACCAAGGUCGCCGACGCCAUGCGCGACGCAGCCGCCCAGGUCGGCGUCAAGGGCUGCGUCUUCAUCACCAACCCCGAACACCGCGGUGCGCACAUCGUCAAGGUCCACCCCAAGAUCUCGGACCACAUGGUCGCGCGCUACGAAGGCGACAUCACCGACUUGUAAGAAGAUAAUGUCCCGUGUACUCUACCUAAUAAAGCAUCGUUCGCUCAUGCACA